AUGGCAUACUACCUUACUGACGGAGUCUAUCCAAACUGGGCAACAUUUAUCCAAUCCAUCCGACUUCCUCAAGGUCCUAAAGCAGAGCUAUUUGCCGAACGUCAAGAAUCCACCAGAAAAGAUGUCGAACAGGCUUUUGGAGUAUUGCAAUCAAGGUUUGCAAUAGUUAAAAACCCGGCUCUACUAUGGGAUAAGGAAAAAAUAGGAAGGAUUAUGAGAACUUGUGUCAUAUUGCACAAUAUGAUAGUAGAAAACGAACGAGGCAGAUACACUCUAACUGAUACAUCUGACUUCGAGUCAGGAGAGUCAAGCAGAUGUUCCAAGGUGAAAAGGAGAACAAGUUUUAAUAUCGGUAAUAUGCUAGGCAUUCACAAUGAAGUUCGGGAUUCAGAGAAACAUGAUUGUUUGAAAGCUGAUUUAGUUGAAAAUGUAUGGCAAAAGUUUGGUAACGUAGAUGAAUAA